AUGGCUGGCACGACAUUCAGGUCCAGGGAGGAUCAUCAAAAACAGAUUCAGCUUGAGGAAGCCUGUAAAUCCGGGCUUGCCCCUGCUGAGUUUGAUGAAGAUGGAAAGGAAAUCAAUCCCCAUAUUCCUCGGUUUAUUUCAUCUCCACCUUGGUAUUUUAUCAGUUUUUUAGAAUCACAUUCACAUAGAAUUAGUUUGAAACAUCAAAGGAAACGGAUAUCUCAUCCCAAUAAUACCUCAUCAAGGAGCUCUAGAGUUACUAAAACUUUUCAGGCCAGCAAGUAUAGGAAAGGUGCAUGUGAGAACUGUGGAGCUAUGACACAUGUUGCCAAGGAAUGCAUGGAAAGAGCAAGAAAGGUAGACAAGAGCAUUGCUGCUGAUGAAAAAAAAGAAACUUUUGAAACUGCUGAGCGUGACUAUGAGAGAAAACGGGACAGGUGGGAGGGUUUUGAUGUAUCAACAUACGCCCGAGUCGUUAAGGUGUAUGAAGCCAGAGACCAUGCUCGAAUGAAGUACUUGAAGGAACAGAAGCUGAAGAAAUUGGAGAAGGGGGACCAAAAUGACGAGGGUGCUGCAAUUGAUGAGUCUGAAGAUGAUUUAAGGUUAGACGAGGCAAAGGUUGAUGAAAUGAAACAAAUGGACUUCGCAAAGGUUGAGAAGCGUGUGCGUACAACAGGUGGUGGGAGUAGAGGAACUGUGAGGAACCUACGUAUCCGAGAGGAUACUGCAAAAUAUCUUCUCAAUCUCGAUGUCAAUUCUGCACAUUAUGACCCCAAGACUAGGUCCAUGCGUGAAGAUCCUCUUCCAGAGUCAGAUCCAAAUGAAAAGUUUUACUUGGGUGAUAACCAUUAUAGAAAUAGUGGUCAAGCUUUGGAAGUCAAGGAAUUAAACAACAAUGCUCGGGAAGCAUUUGACAAGGGACAAGAUGUUCACAUGCUAGCAGGUCCUUCCCAAGUUGAAUUGCUCCAUAAGAAUUUCAAGGUCAUGAAGGAGAAAUCGAUGUCUCAAUGGAAGAAAACUAUCAUAGAGAAGUAUAACUAUGUAGCUCUGAAGGACCCACUUCCAAGAGAACUUCUGCUGGGUCAGAGUGAGAGGCAAAUUCUGUAUGAUCGCGCUGGUAGAAUUAUUAAGGGAGAGGAAGCUUUAUUCCCCAGAAGCAAGGAUGAAGAAGAUAUUUAG